AUGACAGAGGAAGCAAAGGUGGAAGUCAGCCUGUCUCCAGCCUCCGGGUCUGAGCCGCAGGCUCCACAUUUUCUGCGAGAUGUGAUCUUCCAUGGCAAGUUAAAGCUGCUGAAAGCUCUGAGCCCAGAGGAAAACACCCACUGCCACCAUGGCCUCUAUUUCCAGGAUGGUCAGCGGCGUGUUGACUACGUCCUUACCUACCCUGUGAAGAAGCUGGGUGGGGGCCGCUCCUGUCGACAGUCAGCACACCUGCUGACUGAAAAUGCUUUUGCCCGUAGUCUACGCCGUGGCCCCCACAGCCGUGGCCCCCACAGCCAUGACCCCCACAAUCGUGAUGAACAUCUUCGACAAAACCCAGCACGGAGGGCAAAAGAUUCAUCGUCUCUGCCAUCAUCACCAGUGGCUGACAUGGAUCUUGGCUGUCCAGGAGAGACCAUCAACGUCCAGGAGGAUCACAAGGCCUUCAGGAGGGAGGAGUUUGAGGGGAAACUGAGAGACAUGGGGUUGGAGCUGGAGAAAGAUGAAGAUGCCAAGACUCCAGGGAUGGGCUUCGUGAAGAUUCAUGCUCCCUGGAACGUUCUCUGUCGAGAGGCCGAGUUCAUGAAGCUAAAGAUGCCCACCAAAAAGGUGUAUGAAGUGAAGAAGUCGAGCGGUGUUGUGGGGAAGAUCAGUUCUCUGGUCAGUAAAGUUCUGGAGCCUCUUCACCCUCAUGUUGAGGAACAUCAACCAAAGAACAUCAAACAUCUGUCACACACUUUCUCCAGGGAAAAAGAACACUUGUUUGACCUCUCAGACAAAGAUUACUUCUUUGACAGCAAAACCAGGAGUUCAAUAGUUUUUGAAGUCCUAAAGAGAACAAAAUGCAAGGCCAAGUACAGCAUGGGUAUAACCAGUCUCCUUGGCAGUGGUGUAUAUACGGCAGCCUACCCUCUUCAUGAUGGAGAUAUUAAUGAAAGAGCAGAGCCCAAUGACAGAAAGCUUCUGUAUGAGGAGUGGGCAAACUAUAGUGUCUUCUACAAGUACCAGCCCAUCGGUCUUGUGCGGAAGUAUUUUGGUGAGAAGAUUGGUCUGUACUUCGCCUGGUUGGGCCUGUAUACCCAGAUGCUGAUUCCUGCCUCUCUAGUGGGGGUCAUUGUCUUUCUGUAUGGAUGUGCAACAGUCGAUGACAAUAUACCAAGCAUGGAGAUCUGCCACCCAAAGAACAACAUCACCAUGUGUCCUCUGUGUGACAGAGUGUGCAGCUACUGGAAACUUAGUACAGCCUGUGGAACGGCUCGGGCCAGUCACCUGUUUGACAACCCUGCCACUGUUUUCUUCUCUAUAUUCAUGGCUCUGUGGGCUGCCAUGUUCAUGGAGCAUUGGAAGAGAAGGCAGAUGAGACUGAACUAUGAAUGGGACCUGACGGGGUUCGAAGAUGAGGAGGAAGCUCUCAAGGACCACCCCAGGGCCGAAUAUGAAUUCAGGGUCAUGCAAAAGUCUAUGUGCAAAGAUCAGAAAUCACAGCAGAAGGUGGAAAAGCUCACGUAUCGUGACCGCCUCCCUGCCUACAUGACUAACAUUGUCAUGAUGCUGUUAAUGAUUGGUGUUACAUUUGCCAUUGUGUUUGGUGUGAUCCUCUACCGAAUCUCCACCAAAGCCGCUCUGCAUAUGAGCUCCAAUCCUAUCACACGGAACCACGUGCAGCUGACAGUUAAAACCACUGCAGCCAUUAUCAACCUGGUGGUCAUCCUCAUUUUGGAUGAGGUGUACGGAGCUGUGGCACGAUGGCUCACUGUGUUAGAGGUUCCUAAAACAGACAAGAGUUUUGAGGAACGACUCAUCUUCAAGACCUUCAUUCUAAAGUUCUUCAAUGCUUUCACUCCCAUCAUCUACAUUGCUUUCUUCAGGGGAAGACUGGUCGGCAGACCUGGCAGCUACCUGUAUGUGUUUGAAUCCUACAGAAUGGAGGAGUGUGCUCAUGGAGGCUGUCUGAUGGAGCUGUGCAUCCAGCUGAGUAUCACCAUGUUGGGAAAGCAGCUCAUACAGAACAACCUAUUUGAGAUUGGAGUACCCAAACUGAAGAAGCUGAUUCGCUACAUUCGGUCCAAACAAGCUGCUUUUCAAGAAGAAGAGAGACAGAAGAAGCUGCAGAGAUAUGAAACCGACCACUUUCUGGAGCCAUUUGCUGGAUUAACACCUGAAUAUAUGGAGAUGAUCAUCCAGUUUGGUUUUGUGACAUUGUUCGUGGCGUCCUUCCCCCUGGCUCCACUCUUUGCUCUGCUCAACAAUAUUAUUGAAAUACGACUUGAUGCCAAGAAAUUUGUGACUGAAUUGCGAAGACCAGUGGCAGCAAGAGCCAAAGACAUUGGUAUAUGGUACAACAUACUCAGAGGGGUAGCAAAAGUGGCUGUCAUCAUUAAUGCAUUCGUCAUCUCCUUCACUUCAGACUUCAUACCCCGGAUGGUCUACCAGUACAUGUACAGCCCAGAUGGCUCCAUGCAUGGAUUUGUCAAUCAUACACUGUCCUAUUUUAAUGUCAGCCACUUCCAGGAUGGCAAAGAAACUAUGGAUCCACUGCACCUUGGCUACACCAUUGAGAUUUGCAGGUAUAAAGACUACAGAGAACCUCCAUGGUCAACCACUCCAUAUGAGAUCUCCAAGGAGUUUUGGGCGGUGCUGGCUGUCCGACUGGCCUUUGUCAUUGUUUUCCAGAAUGUUGUGAUGCUGAUGAGCGACAUUGUGGACUGGCUAAUUCCAGACAUCCCUAAGGACAUAAGCCUUCAGAUCCACAAGGAGAAGAUUCUAUUGGUUGACCUCUUCAUGAAAGAAGAGCAAGGCAAGGUCUAUAUCCUGGAGAGCAGGGCCUCUGCAGGGGGCAAGGAGAAUUGCAGCAGGAGCAACAACAACAGCACAAUGGCUCAGCCUCGCUCUGGACUGCACACCAAUAGCACCAAAAACCUCUAAUGACAGUGAC